UAUAAGGGUUGUGGGGCUGCGAGGAUGGGCGGCACACCGCCCAUGACGUGACGGGGCGCCUUGCGUGGGCGCCGCCCAUGGCCAUGGACCACGCCCACGGCACCCACGCCCCUCACGACAUCUCCACGCCUACCUCCCGUCCCGAACACGCCCGUGGGCGUGGCCACGCACGUUCCCGGAGCCGUGACGCUUCGGCUGACUCGCACCACCACGCCCGUGACGCCUCGCUAGGAAGCAGCGCGCGGCGGGUUGGUGGUGGUGGUGGUGGUGCAGGUGGAGGAGGAGGAGGAGGAGGAGCAGGAGCAGGAGCAGGAGCAGGAGCAGGAGCAGGAGCAGGAGCAGGAGCAGGAGCAGGAGCAGGAGCAGGAG